GUGCAGCCUCGGUAUCGCUCGCCAUCAGACAACGGGAGUCACCGGCGCUGCACACACUGUUUCUUACCCGACGAAUAAACGUAAAACCGUUCGGUGAAACGCUGCCUUUAGGAGCGUGGUGUCAGUGAAAAGACAUGGGGGACCGAGUAGCUUUACUGCUGCUGGCUGUAGCGGCUUCGGCUCUGGCUGCCGAGGUGCCUACAGAUGUUUCAAUGGGUCUGUUGGCAGAGCCCCAGGUGGCCAUGUUUUGCGGAAAACUCAACAUGCACAUCAACGUGCAGAGCGGCAAGUGGGAGGCAGACCCCUCAGGCACCAAGAGCUGCAUCGGCACCAAGGAGGGCAUCCUGCAGUACUGCCAGGAGGUGUACCCAGAACUCCAGAUUACCAAUGUGGUGGAGGCUAACCAGCCAGUCAGCAUCCAGAACUGGUGCAAGAAGGGGCGCAGGCAGUGUCGCAGUCACAUUGUGGUGCCCUACCGCUGCCUGGUGGGAGAGUUUGUGAGUGACGCCCUGCUCGUCCCUGACAAGUGCAAGUUCCUGCACCAGGAGCGCAUGGACCAGUGUGAGAGCCACCUGCACUGGCACACUGUUGCCAAGGAGUCCUGCGGAGACCGCACCAUGAAUCUCCACGACUACGGGAUGCUGUUGCCGUGCGGCAUCGACCGCUUCCGAGGAGUGGAGUUUGUGUGCUGUCCCGCGGAGGCUGAGCGUGACGCCGACAGCACCGAGCAGGAUGCUGAUGAUUCCGAUGUCUGGUGGGGUGGAGCGGAGACUGACUACUCUGACAACAGCAUGGUGCGGGAGCCAGAGCCAGCGGAGCAGCAAGAGGAAACCAGGCCAUCUGUGGUAGAGGAGGAGGAGGAAGAGGAGGAGGUGGCCGAGGAGGAGGAAGAGGAGGAGGACGUACUGGACAACGACCAGGACGGGGACGGAGAGGAGGACGAAGAGGUGGCGGAGGAGGAGGAGGAGGACGAGGAGGAGGAGGAGGAGGAGGGAGACGACGACAUUGUCGAAACGCUGGACGACGGCAAUGACGCCGACGAGCCCACCACCAACGUUGCCAUGACGACAACCACCACCACCACCACCGAGUCUGUGGAAGAGGUUGUCAAGGAUGUGUGCUGGGCCAAUGCAGAGACCGGUCCAUGCCGGGCCAUGCUGCCCCGCUGGUACUUUGACCAACAGGAAGGCCGUUGUGCUCAGUUUAUCUACGGCGGCUGCGGAGGCAACAGAAAUAACUUUGAGUCAGAGGAGUACUGCCUGUCUGUCUGCAGCAGCGUCAUACCCACAGCCACACCCAGCUCCCCCGACGCUGUGGACCACUACCUGGAGACGCCCGCUGAUGAAAACGAACACGGCCACUUCCAGAAGGCCAAAGAGAGCUUGGAGUCCAAGCACCGCGAGAGGAUGUCCCAGGUGAUGAGAGAGUGGGAGGAGGCUGAGAGGGAAGCUAAGAACCUGCCACGUGCUGACAAGAAGGCUGUCAUCCAGCGUUUCCAGGAGAAGGUUGAGGCGCUGGAGCAGGAGGCGGCUAGCGAGCGGCAGCAGCUGGUGGAGACCCACAUGGCCCGGGUGGAGGCGCUGCUCAACGACCGCCGCCGCCUGGCUCUGGAGAGCUACCUGACAGCGCUGCAGCAGGACCCACCCAGGCCUCGCCAUGUCUUCAGCCUGCUGAAGAAGUACGUGCGCGCUGAGCAGAAAGACAGGCAGCACACCCUCAAACACUUUGAACACGUCCGCAUGGUGGACCCCAAGAAGGCUGCGCAGAUCAGACCUCAGGUACUGACCCACCUGCGUGUCAUUGAGGAGCGUAUGAACCAGUCCCUGGGACUUCUCUACAAAGUGCCCGGUGUGGCAGACGACAUCCAGGACCAAGUUGAGCUUCUUCAGCGAGAGCAGGCAGAUAUGGCCCAGCAGCUGGCCAACCUGCAGACGGACGUGAGGAUGAGCUACGGCAACGACGCCCUGAUGCCCGACCAGGAACUGGGAGACGGCCAGACUGACCUGUUGCCCCAGGAAGACACACUGGGCCUCGGGGGAGUCGGCUUCAUCCACCCCGAGAGCUUCAACCAGCCCAACACUGAGAACCAGGUUGAGCCAGUGGACUCUCGCCCCAAUCUUGACAGAGGAAUUCCCACACGGCCAGUGACUGGAAUGAAGAUGGAAGCUAUUCCUGCGCUGCGAAUGGAGACGGAGGACAGGCAGAGCACUGAAUAUGAAGUUCACCACCAGAAACUGGUCUUCUUCGCAGAGGAUGUGGGCUCCAACAAGGGUGCCAUCAUCGGCCUGAUGGUUGGCGGUGUCGUCAUAGCGACCGUGAUCGUCAUCACCUUGGUGAUGCUGAGGAAGAAGCAGUACACCUCCAUCCACCACGGAGUCAUCGAGGUGGACGCCGCCGUCACCCCUGAAGAGCGCCACCUGUCCAAGAUGCAGCAGAACGGUUAUGAGAACCCAACCUACAAGUUCUUUGAGCAGAUGCAGAACUGAAGAGAAUGUCACAUGUACAUCACACACACACACAUACACACACCUCCUUUCACACAUCAAGCACCUCCCCUCCCCUUCCUCCCACCCCCUCUACCCAGACAAGUCCCACGCCUCCCAGAGGGAGUGUGGCUUACAUCAACGCGUGACUGAAAUAGUCAGUUACAAGCAUACGGGAGCGACGGCAGCCAGGGUUUGCUUUCACGUUUGACUGUGCGGGAGCUGCGGCCGAGCCAGUUUGCACCAAGUUCGUUCACUUUAUCAGGGCAAAGACGCCUUUUUUAAGUUAAAGAAGGGCAUUUUUUCAAUGUUGCUCCAUCUGGGCCUGCUGAUGUAUGGGGUGGGGGGAAAGGCCCCGCCCAGUACAUUGAAACAAACCCACUCCUUGGGGGAAAGAAGCGCGUUCUCUCCACACUGAUUCAGGGCCAGUGUAUAGUUGGGGUAUUUUGGCUUGGGAUGGUGUGUUUGUGUGUGUGUGUAGGCAAAUCUGACCACUGAUCAGCAGGAUUUUAGGCGCACACUGACCUGGGCCUCAUUUACAAAUAUCAGUUGCAUACAGAAUCAUCAUAAUCAUUAACAUGGACAUGUUGAUUUGUUUCUAUCAUAUUCUUUGUAACGAUUCUAAAAUGAAAUAUAGGUUUAAUAAAGCAACUUGAUUUUUAUAAAUGAAGCCCAGUGUUUUUUCCCCACGAACUGCACCACUACUGCACUCACUCUACAGUCUACACUGGAGUAAAUGUGAGCCUCCUCUCCCUCCCCUCCUUCUCCUCCACCCCUCCCUCCAUCCUCUUUUCUUUGCGCAUUCUUACGACAGCUGGGCUGUGCUAAGUCACACAAGGCUCUUAAAGAUAUUUGGAGAUGCUGAUGAUAAUGAACAUGUUGACGACGGUGGCGAUUAUGUAUUCUGAAUGAGCUGUUUUUCUUUUUAGAGUUUUUCUUUUUCAUUUUCCAGUUUUGUUUUUCAAAAAAUAAAUGAAAACGGAGGAAAAAAAAACAGAAGUCAACAAAUGUAAAGUCCUUUUUUUAAAUUGCGUGUAAUGUUACUGAAGUAAUGCUGAAGUCUUAGCUGUUCCUAUGUAGUGCAUGACAACAAUGACAACACGAUUUGGAAAAACAAACUCAGACAAACAAAAAAAGGUCUUAACGCUGCUCUUUCUCGAGAUCCUUUCUCACGUAUAGAUUGUCAUUCUAGCAAGAUUGUACAUUUAGUAUCUUCUCGUGAUCACGUGAAUUCAAACAAUGAUGAAAAAUAUAUAUAUAAAUCUAGAUGACCGGGCUCUGCUUUGAUAUCAUGUAAAAUACACAUUUAAAAGAGAUCUGUGAUUUUGGAAUUUAAGUGUGUUCCUCAUAUCUUUUUUUUUUUUUUUUUUUUUUUUUUUUCUCAAUUUCUUUUUUAAACCAUGCUAUGUUCCUGAAGCGACAGGAGAGUGGCUGGCUUCAUCUCUGUUGGUAUAUAAUUCUCAGUCACUGAAAUAUAUUGUGUUGAAAUUCCUUACGCGUAGGGAGGGGCUCUCAGAAAUCAUCCUCUUUAAUUUGUGCUUUUUUGUUCACUCCAUGUGACCGUGUUUUUUUGAAAAGGGCAUGUUGUGGGUGUGAAGGUUACAGGGAGCAGGAAGGGGAGCGGGAAAAUAGGCGGAAUCCGGCAUGGGGGGGAUAGGCUAUAUCUUGCGUGUAUGUGUUUUGUCAUUUUCAGUCUGGUGUUUCGUCCAGUUGUAAGCAGACGCCGUCUCUUAUUUGGUUUUGUAAUCAUUUUGUGUCUGCUGAUAGAACAGGUGGAGUGCUGAGAGGUGGAGGAGGAGGAGGUAGAGAGGAAAUGACUUCAGUUCCGGAUGGCUAGCCAGCCAGGGAAGCAGUCUGUGUAUAUAUAAUGGAUUUUCACCCCCACCCCAGCACUUGCCUUCCCCUCCCUCCUUCGCCUUCCUCUCCCCUCAGGCAUGCUGCUCACCUCUCUGCCAUCAACGCACACUUGACUCCUCAGAGGCAGAGCACUGUAGUCUGUAUAUAGAUGAUAGAGGCGUACACCAUUGAGAGAGCUGAGAGCGAGUCGGGGGUUGGGGGUUGAAAGCAUUAGUCCAAGGGAAGUUCUAGCAAAAAAAACAGUGUGACCUCUCACUCUGUUAUUCAAUCUAGCGGCGAGUAACAUCUGUGAGGAAAUGGUGAAUGACAUGUAUGUAUGGAGGCUGCAGUGGGGUGGGGUUCAGAGGGUGCUCAUUAGAAGCCCAACAGAGGGCAGUAGAGUAGAAGAGGAAGCAGGAUUUUCUUUCUAUCUUUUUGUUUUUCUGUGGAUUAUAUAUUGUUUUUUGUUUUCCACUGUGUAAUAUUGUGCAGGCCAUUUGCAUUGACUGGGAAAACGCUUUCUACACUGUAUUCCAUAAUAAAGUUUUGAAUGUACAUACA